UGAGGAGCUGAGGCUGCAGCGAGCUCGACGCCGGGACCGUCCGGGAAGGCGCCGCGCGAGCCCACACCAGACCGCCUCCGGAGCAGAGCAGCCGCCGCUACCCCUGUGCGCGGAGUCAAGUCGAGCCGGCCAUGGCGUUGUCGAUGCCGCUGAACGGGCUGAAGGAGGAAGACAAAGAGCCCACCAUUGAGCUCUUCGUGAAGGCUGGCAGUGAUGGUGAAAGCAUAGGAAACUGCCCCUUUUCCCAGAGGCUCUUCAUGAUUCUUUGGCUCAAAGGAGUUGUAUUUAGUGUCACAACUGUUGACCUGAAAAGGAAGCCUGUAGAUCUGCAGAACUUGGCUCCCGGGACCCACCCACCAUUUAUAACUUUCAACAGUGAAGUCAAAACGGAUGUAAAUAAGAUUGAAGAAUUUCUUGAAGAAGUCUUAUGCCCUCCCAAGUAUUUAAAGCUUUCACCAAAACACCCAGAAUCAAAUACUGCUGGAAUGGACAUCUUUGCCAAGUUCUCUGCAUAUAUUAAGAAUUCAAGACCAGAGGCUAAUGAAGCAUUGGAGAGGGGUCUCUUGAAGACACUGCAGAAACUGGAUGAAUAUCUAAAUUCUCCCCUCCCUGAUGAAAUUGAUGAAAAUAGUAUGGAGGACAUUAAGUUUUCCACACGUAAAUUUCUGGAUGGCAAUGAAAUGACAUUGGCUGAUUGCAACCUGCUGCCCAAACUGCACAUUGUCAAGGUGGUGGCCAAAAAAUAUCGCAACUUUGAUAUUCCAAAAAGAAUGACUGGCAUCUGGAGAUACUUAACUAAUGCUUAUAGCAGGGAUGAGUUCACUAAUACCUGUCCCAGUGAUAAGGAGGUUGAAAUAGCAUAUAGUGAUGUAGCCAAAAGACUUACCAAGUAAAAUAUCACUUAUGAGAGAGUUGUCAUCACAUCUUUUCCUGAUUAAGAAUAUGCUUUUCCUAACAGACUGCUCCUCUUCCUAUAAAGUAGAAAUUUUAUUUUGCAUGAACAUGGCAGUUAUUGAAGAUUAGGAUAAAGGAAUAGUAAGGUAUAGUAGUUAUCUUUAAACAUACACUCCUAAGCAGUAUUAUUUUAAAAUUCUUUUACCCUGCCUACCUCCCCUACCGUAUCCUCCUCUCUUCUAAUUUGGAGACACUUCAUCACAAACUUUUUCCUUUAGAGGUAACUUGCCAUCUCUCUAGAGCCCUCACCAUUGUGUCCUUUCAUUGUGUUUUCAUGGCAGGACUUUUGAGGUGCAGUGUUUAACUGUUAAAAUAGUAACCGUGACCUCAUCAGUCAUCCCCAAACUGGUGCACAAUGCAUGGUACAAGGAAUAUUUAUGUAUUUUUGGACUUUUAUAAUAUUUAGUAAGAGUAUAUGAAAGGAUUGCUACUGUAUCAGAAUACUCUGUUUCAGUUUAGUCUGUCCUGAGAUGUACCUGAAAGAUGUCACCACCAGAGAGGAGAGCCUUCUACAGAAAGUCACUACAGAUUUUGCUGUUCUACUUUGUACAUGGAUUUUUACUUUCCUAAAAGCAGUUAUCUUUUAGACCAAUUAUAACUUCUGACACUAUGUAGAAGCUAAAAGUUUAAGAUAAAUCAAUGGGCACCUUAUAUUCUGUCUAAAUGUGGUAUUCGCCAUACUUAUUUUGCCCAGUGCCAUCCAUUUGGAACGUUAUUGCUUUCUUCCUUUAUUUUGAAAAGCUCCUUUUUAGUAAGCAUAGACCUUGCUGUUUGUAGAUCUUUUGAGCAACACUACAUAAACUGAUAUUUAGUUGAUUUAGCUACAGCAGUACAAUGAUUAGUAAGGUAAAAAGUAACACAGACAUUAACCUAAGGAAUUUAGGGUGGGUUUGUCAAAAUAUCAAGUAGAAUUUUGUUUCUAAAGCAUAUUUAAUGUGGGUAAUCUAAAGAAUGCAUUAUACAUCCUUUAUUGAAAAUAAAACACACAGAUUAGCAGCUUUUUCAUUCCACCCCCAUUUACUCUUAGAUCUUUGGCUCACUCCUUUUGGGCUAAAUUGUAGUUGCUAUGGUGAGUACGUAUUUACUACAGUUUUGUCUAAUGUUAAUCAUUGUAUUUCCUUCAAUUAAAUUUUUCUACAGCCACACUGAGGAAUAGCACUCUGCAUGUUUGUAUUUUUAAAUUGAAGUCCUAAACUAGGGUUUUUUUGUGCUCUAACAAGGAUGAACUUUGUGAAAAUAAAACAGAAGUUUGCUGUGUAUUUAUUUUUUUAAUUGGACUUUCUAAAUACUACUCCAAAGAUGGGGUUGAGAUUAUAAUACAUUUUUGCUAAUUUUUUAUACCUACCAAGUGUUAUUUCUCAUAGGCUGUUUUUGGAAAUUUCAACUAUAUUACUUUGAAAUGGCAAUGAUUUUCUCCCUUAGAUAUGCUAACAUUUAGUAAGCACUGGCUUUAUGGAAGCAGCCUGAUUUUUAUAAGCAUACUGCAUUUUUUUUAACCUACCAGUAAUUAGUACAGAAAAUAAGAAAAGCUCCAUAUUGUAUCCAUUUGGCUCAGGGAGAUUAUUUUUGCUUUCCUUUCUUAAAACUCCUUAUUGCUGAUCAAAAGUUUGAGCACCCACCGUUUAGUAAUUAAUAUUGGAUGCUGAUUUAUCUGGUUCCAGGAAGAAGUACUAUCAGGUUGUCUGCUGUGAAAUUGUAUAGCAGCAGCUUCAGUGGGUGAGAAUGUCACACCUGCACCAGUACACAGGCAGCCAUCAUCACUUUUCACCUAGUCUUAAAUAGUGGUAACUGGGCAUUCGGUUGAUACUGAACCUUGCCUCAGAGCUUAAAUUAUGAAAAAGAUUCAGAAGAAGGGGUGACUGUUCUUUCCAGUGAAUGGUGGACUAAGUGGUGCAAUGUAGAGGGUUAACGAGGAAAGAGCAACAUCCCUUGAAAUAGAGUGAUGAAAAAUAAAUUCUGAAACUCAAUUGUGAAACAUUUUUGCCUUGGAUAUUUAUUCUCUAUCUUAAAAAUCAAAUUAUCUUUUGAUUCCACCUAUCUGGCCUUCUCAAUGUCCAAGGAAGGUAGGGCUGUUAAGAUUUUGAUGAAGGCAGAAUGAUUUUUUUCUCUGUAAAGACUUCAUUACUUUAUCAGGGAAGUUAGUCACAUGAAAUUGAGAUGGGCAGAUAGACAAAAGCCAGUAAAUAGGAUGAUCCCAGCAAAAGCUCUUUUUCCCUAUUAUAUAUUUGUAUAGAGAUCAUAGCUUAAAUCUUAGGAGAUUUGCAUAGCAAUUUGUGUAGUGUUUGGGUUGAUAUAAUGGAAAUCACCUGAUAUUAUUUCUGCAACUACUGAAUCAUUUACCCCUUCAUUUAAACCAACAAGAUUAGAGUCUGAAUGGAAGCUCUCACUAUUUCCCAAGCUCUCUAUUUCAGUUGAUGGCUUCCUUUUUUUUUUUUUUUUUAAAAGUUAAA